AUGGCGUCGAGCGAGAGUGGCGAUUUUCAAAAGGUGUUGGAGUAUCGGAUUUACAAGUGCUCCAGUUAUUCUUCCUGUUACAUACCCGAAAAUAUUAUCGUCGAUAUACCAUCGGAUCAGUCCUCGCGUUGGUCCUCCGACAUCGACAAUCACCCUCAGUUUCUCAUCCUCAAGCUUCAAAGUCCUUCCGUCGUCAAGUACAUUACUUUUGGCAAAUAUGAGAAAACCCAUGUGUGUAAUAUAAAGAAAUUCAAGAUAUUCGGCGGAUUGGAACCUGAGAAUAUGAUGGAACUCCUCGAAAGCGGACUGAGGAACGAUUCCAUCCCAGAGACAUUCGAUCUCAAGCAUGUUUUGGGAAACGAAGGGAAUUACUUUCCUAUCCGAUACAUAAAGGUACUUCCGCUGCAGUCGUGGGGUCCCAGCUUCAACUUUUCUAUAUGGCACAUCAAAUUAACCGGUAUCAAUGACCCUAAGAUCGUAAAGCCUUGUCUUGAGUGGUUCAAUAUGUAUCGGCAGAAGGAGAUAAUAAGACUGUGCAUGAAACACUUUCGACAAAUGGAACAGCCCGAAAUCGUCGAGACUCUGCAGAGGGUCACCGGAGUCCCACUGGAGGAUCCGCGAUUGUCGACUCUUUACGAUCUUUUGGUUACCAAAGGCGAUCACCUGCAGGCGGAACGUUUUAUCAGCAACGCGCUCACGAUGGGGCUCUUAAACGAUUAUAUCAAUGCUCAAACUUAUAGAGCAAUUUGGACGAAGUUAUCGUCUAGCGAGCCCAAACCUGGGAUGCGGGGCGGUCAUCAGAUGGUGCUUGAUCCCACGGCUGAGGUACUUUAUCUCUUCGGUGGAUGGGACGGUAAUCAGGAUCUCUCUGACCUAUGGUCCUACGAUAUAGAAGCCGGCAAGUGGACGCUCAUAUGCAAGGAUACUGAAGCGGUGGGAGGGCCGAGCGCACGUUCAUGCCACAAGAUGUGCUUAGACCCGCAGAGACGGCAGCUCUUUACAUUGGGCAGGUACUUAGACACGCAGUAUCGUACUUGCGAGAAUUUGAAGAGCGACUUUUACGUUUACGAUAUCGAGUCGAAUAAGUGGACGCAGAUCUCGGAGGACACGGGAACGAUGGGUGGGCCACCGCUCGUAUUUGACCAUCAGAUGUCAAUGGACGUGGAGAAGCGAACUAUCUACGUUUUUGGUGGACGAGUACUGACUCAUCCGAGUAGUGCCGACGAACAUGGUUUAAUACCGGAGCCGCAUUUCUCAGGACUAUACUCUUAUCACGUGCCGACUGGCACCUGGGUCAGACUUGCCUGUGAUAUCGCCGAUAAACCGUAUUCAAGAGACAUGCCGAUUUACAGAUCCCGCGCUGGCCACUCCAUGUUGUUUCACCCGCGGUCCAGAAAACUAUACAUAUUCGCUGGACAGAGGGGCAAGGAAUAUCUGAGCGAUUUCUUCACUUACGAAGUCGAUACGCAGCACGUGGAGUAUAUAAGCUACAACGAGUUUGGCACUACGAAGGAUUCUAAUCACGUUCCCGCGGCCGGAUUCACGCAGAGAGCGACCAUCGAUCCUGAACUCAACGAGAUUUACGUUCUAUCGGGUUUGAGCAAGGACAAGGAUAAGAGGGACGACAAUGUGCAAAAUUCCUUUUGGGUGUACAAUAUUCAAAACAGCAAAUGGUCUUGUAUAUAUCGUAACGAGAACGUCGGUGAAAAAUACUGGAGUAAGAUGCAAGAUUACGAACCGUGCCCACGAUUCGCGCACCAGCUUGUUUACGAUCACACUAGAAAGGUUCAUUUCCUGUUCGGCGGCAACCCAGGCAGAUCUUGCCUUCCAAAUUUGAGACUCGACGAUUUUUGGCAACUAGAACUGCGCCGACCCACGGCCGAGCAGAUUCUGAAAAAAUGCAAACUGAUUAUUAGAAAGCACAAGUUCACAGAGCUCGCUCUGAGCAACAGUAUAGAGGCCCUCGAAUACCUGCAGACGAAGAUCUUUGAGAUUAUCGAUCACAGUGACACGCAACAAACGAAAGAGUUCCAACUCUUGACGUCGAUCCUAUUCCGGAAACAGAAUAAUUUAGAGGACGCCUCCCAUUCGAAAACGAUUUUGAACGAACUGACGACUGGCGUGGCGACGCAGCAGUGCGUCAACGCGCGUGACGUACAUAACUUGCGAACUGAACUUUACAACAAACUCGCAGAAUUCUUCCCGGAAUCGUUGACGCAGCCGCGGGCGAAUCUGAUCGAUCUCCUGCCGUUAUAAUGACGGAGCGAGCGGGUCGUGAGAUCUCGACGGCGGAAUAUUCUUUGUUUACGCUAUAUGGUUCUUUCGUUCGACAAUAACUUUAUUGCAAUUUGUAAAGUAAUCUUAAUUUUUUUGUAGAUUUACGACGAACUUCGCCACGCUUGUGGUGUGAUUUAUUUUUUUCUAUUUUCGAUACCGUAUUGGGAAAAAGAAUUGGUUGCAGCGUAUUUCGGGUUCAACGUUAGCAGAACUGUCUCUUGCAACCCUAUUUAUUUCAUCUUUGUUAUGAUUUGUUUUACUGUUACAAUAAGAAACUUGAUUGUUAGAGUUCUUUUUUUUAUGAAACGCAAGUAGUUCUUCGAGACAAAGCACUCUACGUGUUAUUUAUACUUACCUACGCGACUUAUUUGAGAUCGACCCCCUCGGAACUUUGUGAUAUCGAUAGCUUUCUAACGGACUGGUUAGCUGAUACGUAAGUAAACUAGAGAGAUCGGUUUUAUAUAUAAUCUCUUCUAUAUUCUAUAGCUAUGUGUUUAAAAUGUGGCCAUAAAGUUGUUGUUAUUAUUAUGUUUGCUGAAAUAAUAUAUUCGUCGAAUGAACAGAAGAAAAAUAAGGCUAGAUGAUAGCGCGCUAAAAAAAAGCUCCUAGUAAAGCGUCGCGAUUUAACGCUUGCAAGAUGUUUCAUGCAACUUGACGUCACCGCGAUGUACGCUACUUUCUACUAAAAGUAUGUAAGCCAAGAAAUUAUUAUAUAGCUUCGCUAAACACGACAAAUUAAUCUGGAGUUUAGCGAAAUACAUGCGUAAUUUUUUGGCUUCAAGAGACGUAAUGACAAAGACAGAAAAUAUUAUGGUCAAUUUACAUAUAGAAUUUCCUUCUUUAAUUAAUUGUAAUCUUAAAUUGUAACUAAUUUAAUCAGUUGUACUUAAUUUAAUUAAUUAUGAUGUCGAAUUAUAAUUAAUUAAAUGAGGAGAUUUCGUUAUUUAAAUAUUAAGUAUUAGUUAAAUACAGAAGAGUUUUAUUGUACCGGCCAUAAUAUGUUGCUUCCAAUUGAACAAAACAAUUGCUUCCUUGCGUAUUUUCCGCAUUAUCAAAGGAAACAGAAAUGUUUCAGAAAUAGUCAAAUUGAAUGAAAUAUCCCGUUCGUUGAUCUAUUUUCUCUCGCAAAAUGAUGUUAGAUAUAACAGCUCCGUAUCUUUUGUUCAUAAUCUAAGAAUAAGUUCAUUCACCGGAAAUGCCUUUUAACGACAAGAUAUGAAAUCUGAAAGUGUAUUAUUAUGACGCGAGUUAAUAAUAGACUUCCCCGAAGGAGUUUUCAGCUCCCUUCUAAACAAUCAUCCACAGUAGAAUACCCGUACACGAAUAAAUUUCAGAAAUUAAGUUUUCGUUAGCAUGUAAAUAUCCACGAUGACAGUCAUCUAUUCCUGUGUCAUAAUUAUUAUCGGUGCGCUGCGCUUACUUUAUUGUUUGUUGACCGAAAUGCAUCUUGUACAUAUGUAAUCAGCCUCUCGCGAGUUUAAAAUGUUACCGAAGAGAGAGAGAGAGCGAGCGAGAGAGCGAGAGAGAGGCACACGCGAGAAUGAUGCAAUUAUAUGUAUAGUGUGAAACAUAGAAAAGCAAAAACUAAAUAGCUACUAAGAAUAUCCAGUCGCUCAUUAUCUUUGUACAUAUACAAUUAGACGAUGUAAGGAACGUCGAGACGAUUUUUAUAAUGUGAUUCCAGUUAAGUAAGUUAGAUAACGGAAUUGUAAAAAAGGGGAAAAAAUGAAUGAAGGGUAUACAUAGAGAAAAAAAGAGAUAUAUAAAGAGUAGAGACGAAAAUGUAUACAGGCACAGAACGAGACGACGCCGCCAUUCCUCUAAAUAUACCUAUAUACGAGAUAUAUUAGACGUCUCGAAGCUGGAAGAACAGGUACAUACAUCCUUCUUCGAGUUUCGGGACGUGAGCGAAACGUCGAUAUACAUG